CGGACGCUUGCAGUUUUCCCGCACAGUACUAACCGGCGCAGGUCCGCGCAGCUCCGCGCAGGGUCCGAAGGGGCACAGGGAGGAGUGCUCCGAGGGCGCGAGCUCAGCCCGGGACCCUCACAUUACGUAACGCAACACGCACAGGACUGCGCACAAAAUAAUGUGAUUUAUUUUACUUCGAUUUUUCUACUGUUUUUUGAUUCAGUAUACAAUUUUUAGGAUUAUUAUCGUGAUAUUACUUAGUUUAGAUGUCGCGCGGCUUAUUUUUGUUGUCAUUUUAGAUGUGUAGUGUAGACAUUUAAGUUAAUGUUAUUAACUAGAAAACUGCAGUGAUAUUUUUGGUGAAUAAGAAAAUGAGUUUCCUUAUGUAAAAAAACAAGAACUCAUGAACAAUAUUCAUAAUAGUCUUUUAGUAAAAUUAAAGUGCAAAACAUAAUUUUUUUUAUGUUCCUUACAUCAAAUCAAUCGAUCAAACGAGUGCACCGUUUAAAAUAUUUGAAGAUGAAGAGACUCCAAAAUGAUUCAAAUAAAUAUAUAAUAAAAAUCAAUAUGAAAAUUCAAUGAAAUAUUUUCAUUACUGUUUGAUAUCGUAGUUAAAACAUUGUCUCAUACCAAGAAAUUAGCAAGAUUUGUCGCAGAAAUGACAAUGGAAAGAGAUCGUGGCGAGCGGGACUACAUUGGAUUUGCGACACUACCUGAACAAGUGCACCGCAAGUCAGUCAAGAGGGGCUUUGAUUUCACUUUGAUGGUGGUUGGAGAAUCCGGUCUCGGAAAAUCAACUCUUAUAAAUAGCUUGUUUUUAGGAGACCUUUACAAAAAUAGGAAAAUAUCAGAUGUACAAGACCGAGUAGAAAAAACUACAACAAUCGAAAAGAAAACAAUGGAAAUCGAAGAACGAGGAGUAAAAUUGCGCUUGACAAUAGUAGACACACCCGGAUUUGGUGACGCAAUAAACUGCGAAGACUCUUGGAGAGUGUGCUCGGCGUACAUCGAUGAACAGUUUAGACAAUACUUUACCGACGAAAGUGGCUUAAACCGACGUCACAUGCAGGACAAUCGUGUGCACUGCUGUCUUUACUUCGUUCCGCCAUGGGCACACAGUCUGCGACAAGUGGAUUUGGAAAUGAUGAAACGGCUUCACCGGAAAGUGAAUAUAGUAGUAGUUAUAGCGAAAGCAGAUUCUCUCACAGCAGCUGAAGUUAAACGACUCAAAAUGCGAAUACUUAACGAUUUGGAUGAACACCAAAUACAAGUAUAUCAGUUUCCUGAAUGUGACAGCGAUGAAGACGACGAUUUUAAGCAGCAGGACAGAGAGUUGAAGGAGGCAGCGCCUUUCGCCGUGGUAGCGUCUGACACAGUUCUCGAGGUGGGAGGGAAGCGCGUGCGCGGCCGCCAGUAUCCUUGGGGAAUCGUUGACGUUGAAAACCCUCGACACUCGGACUUCACAAAACUUCGGACAAUGUUGAUAUCCACUCAUAUGCAAGAUUUGAAGGAUGUCACGCAAGAUGUUCAUUAUGAAAAUUUCCGUGCUCAAUGUAUAUCUCAAAUAUCGCAACACGCCAUGAGAGAAAGAGGGAAACUAAAAAGAGACUCGAUGGGCAACAACAAUGAAGUAGUGAUUACGGAUACUGAUCGCCUUCUUUUACAGAAAGAUGAAGAGAUACGAAGAAUGCAAGACAUGCUGACGCAAAUGCAGGAGAAAUUAAAAGCUUCCGACAAAAAACACGACAGUAUCAUAGAUGUAUAGUUAAUAAAGUUACGCGCAAUAGUAUUAGCGUUAAGUAGUCAUUUGCCUAAUCACUAGUCUAAAUUUAAAUAAAAAUUGAACCUCUUUAGAAAAAUUGGGAUGAAUUUAGAGUUUUGAUAAAAUAGAAAAGUGAAAGAAGGUGGAAAAUACCUGAAGGGUGAAAAGAAAUGGGACAUAAACGGAGAUUAUUAUAUAGUCAGACUUGUGUUUAGUAAAACAUCAAUUUUGUUAUGAAAGAGAAUUAAUCAUUUACGGCUCGGUCGGUUAAUAAAUCUUCAAACUAAUCAAUUUAUAUUCUUUUCGCCCUAUGGGUCUCCACCAUUUUUAUUACUUAUACCUACUUACCUAUGUUUGCACAGUCUUUACUAUAGUUCGAUAACCAUAAGUUGGCAAAUUAUAUCAAUAUUACCAUGCGCAAGGAUGUACAUUAUCCUUAUAAAUUAAAUUGUUUAGAGUGCCUGAUUAUGAUUCAUGCAGUUACAAUGUGUUAAGGUGACCUUUAUUCUAUGGGCACCUUUUAAAUUCUACCACCUGCCAACUUAUGUUUGUGCACUAUAAAUAGGCUGCUACCGUUUUAUUAUACAAAAGAUUGUAAACGGUUCACUUUUAAAUAAAUUAUUUAAUUGUUAAUAUUAGAAUAAUCAUUCUAAUAAAAGCUCUACUUAAAUUUUGGGGGCACGGUAAUAGUUGUUGCAAAUGUACAUUUAGCUAAGUGAACUAUAUUUUUAAACAUUACUUAGUUGUUGCCGCUUUAACAAAUUGGACAUAUGACAUUCAUUAAUUGUCGCAGUAACAAGCACAUGGACGUAUUCGCGUGCAGGUCGAAUGAGGUGCAAGCAAAGUAAGAUGUUCAUUUGGCAUCGUAAGAGGAUCGGAUUGCCUAUUGCCCAAUAUGUAAAAGCGGUUAUGUUUAUACGCGCACAGUAAACAUUAUACCCAUCUCAUAAUGCCCCUUUGAUACACUUUAAUAAAUCCGUUCUGUAAUAAUAUACGAAUAACGAAUAUCAGAAGUGAUAGAGUUAAUUGAUCUGGUUUCACGUUUCCUUUAAAUCAUUCCUCGUGUAAAAUACGACUAACUGGGUAUAGGAAUUUUAUGAAUAUUUUAAACAUUUGUUAACUUCAAUUACAACCAAAUGGUUAAGAACCAUUUCCUGAAACCAAAGUGUUAAGGUAUGAAUUUUUGUAUUGAUAUUAUUGUACUAGCAGUAAAUUGAUACUUUACGUA